AGGAAAGAAGUUUGUUGUGCUGUCCGCCAAUCUUUCAUCCAACCCAAGGCCCCCUUUCCUUUGUAUUUCACACACACAUUUCAACACACACUCUGUGUGUACUCUCUCAUCUUCUCUUCCUUCCAACCUAUCAAAAACAGAUACAUCUCUCUCUGUAUCUAUCUCACCACCCAAUGUUCAAUUUCUUCACCCUUCCAUAAACCCAUUUCCCAAAAACAAAUCCAAUAAAUAUUUAUAUAUAUAUUUAUAAACAUGAAGCGAAACUACAAUCCUACCCCUACCUCCGCCGCCGGCGCCGCCACUUCUUCAUCAUCAUCAUCCGGCAAACAAAAAAACAUUAUGUUUGAUGACCAACAAAACCAAGAUGACGAGCUGUUUGCUGUCUUAGGUUACAAAGUCAAACCUUGUGACAUGUUUGAUGUAGCUAAUAAGAUUGAACAUCUUGAAGGCUUCUUCCAAAACGACGACGUUUCUUUGCUUUCUUCUCAGCUCACUUCUGAUUCCAAUCAUGUAAAUCCUGCUGAUCUCAACUCUUGGCUUAAUUCCAUGAUCCAUGAACUUGACCCGGUACCUGAACCGACCCAUGACCCGCUUUCUGAUCUCACUUCCAUCGUUUACCCACCUAACAAAAAACCCAAGAACUCUUUCUCACCUUCAACUUCAACCUCAUUCGACCCGACCCAGAUCCAGAUUCCAGCUCAAGUUUCAGAUCCGGGCCAGCCUUUUCAUUCGGGUCAGCUUAUUGACACCGGCAAGUUUCAUGAUGCGGGUAAAGUUGAGGGUCCGACCCGGGAUCCGAAUCCGGUGGUAAUAGUUGACUCACAAGAAAACGGUAUCCGGCUAGUGCAUACAUUAAUGGCUUGCGCUGAAGCCGUACAAGAAGAUAAAAUUGGGUUAGCCGAGAAUUUAGUGAAAAAAGCCGGGAUGUUAGCCGUGGCGCAAGCCGGCGCGAUGAGGAAAGUGGCUACGUAUUUUGCGGAAGCUUUAGCUAGAAAAAUUUACCGGGUAUCGCCGGUAAAUGAACAAGAUUCACCUGAGUUUCAAGACUUGUUACAAAUGCAUUUUUAUGAAACAUGUCCUUAUUUAAAAUUUGCACAUUUUACUGCAAACCAAGCCAUUUUGGAAAGUUUUGUGGGUAAAAAAAAAGUACAUGUAAUUGAUUUUGGGCUAAAACAAGGGAUGCAAUGGCCUGCUUUGAUGCAAGCAUUAGCCCUUAGACCGGGCGGUCCACCUAGUUUUAGAUUAACCGGAGUUGGACCGCCGGGUCAGGACGGAAAAGAUUAUUUGCAAGAAGUGGGGUGGAAGUUGGCCCAAUUGGCUGAUAAUAUAAAUGUUGAAUUUGAGUUUAGAGGAUUUGUUGCUAAUAGUUUAGCUGAUCUUGAACCGGGUAUGUUUGAUUUGAGAACCGGGGAAGUUGUGGCGGUUAAUUCGGUUUUUGAGUUUCAUAAGUUGUUGGCUAGACCGGGUUCAAUUGAAAAGGUUUUGUCAUUGGUAAAGGAUAUGAAACCGGAGAUAUUGACUGUUGUGGAACAAGAGGCAAAUCAUAACGGUUUGGUUUUUUUGGACCGGUUUACUGAGUCAUUACAUUAUUAUUCAACUAUGUUUGACUCGCUCGAGAGUUCGGGUGUGGAUGCUGUAGAUGGAAAUGAAAGGGGGAUGGUGGCAGCUAGUGAUGAGGAUAAAAUUAUGUCAGAAGUGUAUUUGGGAAAGCAGAUUUGUAAUGUGGUGGCAUGUGAAGGAAUAGACCGAGUUGAACGGCACGAGACGUUGACUCAGUGGACGAGUCGACUUGACUCGGCCGGGUUUGAACCGGUUCAUUUAGGGUCGAAUGCGUUUAAGCAAGCGAGUAUGUUGUUGGCAUUGUUCGCGGGUGGCGAUGGAUAUCGGGUUGAGGAAAACAAUGGUUGUUUGAUGCUUGGAUGGCAUACUCGGCCAUUAAUCACUACCUCAGCAUGGAAAAUCCGGUGAAUUAUCGGAUGAGUUAACUCGGUAAUGGCGGGUUAACUCGGUACAUCAAAAAGAAAUAAGGAAAUUUGAAGAUGUCCUCAUCUUAUGAUUUUUCUUUCUAGUUUUCAUCAUAGCGUUUUUUAGUUAACUUUUUUUUUUCCUGAAAAUUGAGGGGUUUAAUUGGUAAUUAAUUGAUAUUUGUGGGGGUUGGAUUGAAACAUUGUAUCAGAGGUUUGAAAGAGAUGGGAACGGAAUGAUGAAAUAUAAAAGAUGGCUUCCAGCCUUCCAUUCAAUUUCCUCCAUAGUAAUAAAGAUAGAAUUUGUGGGAUUUCAGUAAGAAAA